CACAGUUGUGCAGUAGUUUUCACAGCUGUCUGCAUGUGUCCUGCGCUCUCUUUCCAAAUCCCUAGGCUGACAGCGUUCGUGCUGAGGACUUUCCUACAGGCACGGAGUUAUAUCCCUGUGGACAGCAAUGUGAUCGACACUGCUCGCAACUUUCUGCUGAACUCUUUAGCACCAUCUGGUCAGUUCACGGAGCAUGGCUACGUGAUUCACAGGGAGCUGCAGGGCGGCUCUGCCAGCCACAUCAGCCUGACGGCCUACACUCUCCUCGCCUUCCUGGAGGACAGUCCGAAUAACAAGGUGAACAUCUCAAGUGCUAUCCACUUCCUGGAGGCGAAUGUGAGUGGUGGCGGUGUGGCAGCCAGCCUGCCCUUAGCCCUCACAGCGUACGCCCUUUCCCUCGCCAAAAGCAGCCACGCCGAUACUGCCCUGACCCUACUCAACAACCGCUCCACUUUAAUAGAGAAUGGGCUGAAGUUCUGGUCAGACUCUGCAUCAAGUGAGCAGUCCUACUACUGGCAACCGUCGGCCAUCACCAUUGAGACCACAGCGUACGCCCUCCUUGCUCAUCUUCAUCAGAACAAAAUUGCAGAGGCGGUCCCUAUCAUGAAUUGGCUGAGUCAGCAGAGGAACCACCUGGGAGGAUAUGCCUCCACACAGGUAACGACACUACCUGGGGAACAUUCCUCUACAGAGUUGCUUGAAAGUGACACAAUUCAUAAUUUAUAUUUUAAGUUUUUUUUUGUUUAAG